GGUGACGUCAUUUCGUAUACGGUUCGAGAUAGCUCGAUGAGCUCGAUUCGCAUCCCCACUGUAUUGUCCGCUGUCCAACUCAGUCCAGCUGACGGGUGAUCAUCGUCCUCGUCCUCGUCUCCGUCGUCGUCGUCAUCGUCGCCGUCAUUGUUGCACUCGGUGGAGUGGGAUUAAAUAUUCGUGUAUAUCCCCGUAACGGUAUCGCGUGAAAAGUGGGCGGCCUUCACGGGCGCGACAUAACAAAAGGCAAAGGACGAGACAAACAACGGCCUCUCGCUCGCUCGCUCGCUCGCCUGCUUGCUUGCUCCUUCUCGCUCUCGUUCCCUCUCCCUCUACUCCGAUCUUCGCUGCCUCCCUUCCUCUCGCUUUAGCGUACGCUCAUUCUCGCUCGCUCGCAAACGUCGCGAACGUCGCAAAUCCGGGGUCUCGUAAGAAAUAACCCUCGUUUCGUUCGCGCGCGUGAGAGGAAGAGAGAGUACAGUGUGCGCACUACAUAAAUCGGGUACGCGUACAGACGCGCGUGUGGGUGCCGUGAUUUCCCCUUAUCAGACUCUCGUCGCGCGGACAGACAACGCGCGCAAGGUGCGGAAGAGGAAGGAGAUCGUCGUCGUCGUCGCCGCUGCUGCCGUCAUCGUCGUCUCCGCCAUCGUCGUCGUCAUCAUCGCCGUUGUCGUCGAUUGCACACACGCGUAUAUAUACGCGUCUACACCUAUCGUGGAGAAAGAGAGAGUGAGAAAGAGCGCGAUCAGCCAUCGUCGUUCGCGGAAGUACACGGGGAGUCCAUUCGUGAGGGAUGUCCACCCCCGCGAGGAGGAGACUGAUGAGAGACUUCAAGAGAUUACAGGAAGAUCCUCCAACUGGAGUGUCAGGUGCUCCGACAGACAAUAAUAUUAUGAUAUGGAAUGCAGUUAUAUUUGGACCACACGAUACUCCAUUUGAAGACGGCACAUUUAAACUUACAAUAGAAUUUACAGAAGAAUAUCCAAACAAACCACCUACAGUGAGAUUCGUUAGUAAAAUGUUUCACCCGAACGUAUACGCGGACGGUGGAAUAUGUUUGGACAUACUUCAAAAUCGUUGGAGCCCUACUUAUGACGUCUCAGCCAUCCUAACAUCUAUACAGUCGCUUUUGGAUGAACCGAAUCCCAAUUCGCCAGCCAACUCUUUAGCGGCGCAAUUAUAUCAGGAAAACAAGCGGGAAUACGAGAAGCGAGUGGCCACUGUGGUUGAACAGUCUUGGCUGAAUUUCCAAGAGAGUCAUACGGAGGAUCCUCGCUGACAUUAAGUAUGCCGCAUUUCACGAUCCACGUAAGAGAUCUCCGUCGCAGCUUCUCUGUCCAAUAUAAAAGUUGUCCCCGUAUUAUAUAUACGUAAUGGUAAAUUCGGAUGACACGAUCCGUCGGAGCUGUACAUGUAAUUUCCUUUGUUAUUUCAUUGCGAACAUUCCGUGUGUUGAUUCACAAUCUGUAGAACACGAUGAGAGGAAUUCGCACAGCUCUCAACAUUCUGUUGUAAAAAAAAAAAAAAUUAAAAAUAAAAAGUAGAAAAUCGGAAACGACGUGAAGUUGCACUAUAAACUUAUGUGAUCUUUUACUUAUAAGUACAGUAUGUAUUGUCUUGCUCUUAUAACUAGCCGUUAGGUAUCCCUCGCGCAAGAGAUAAAAAAUAAUAAUGUCCGUACAAUGUUUUAUCAUAUGUUAAUCUCGCAGGCAAAUCGACUUACCAUUUUACAAGUGUAGACGAGCUUAAGGAAAAUUAUGCUAAAGGAUAUGAAAGUUUGUAAGUUGCUUCUGGAAAGUCUACUUUCACCGUAUAACGGCGCAAAUAUAAGAAAAUAGUGUGAUUAUUUCUCGUUUUCGACUUGGUAUUUACCAUUAGAAAGUCACGCUUGUAUUAGA